AUGCCAUCAGUUUCUAGGUCAGCUUCACCGCCGUCGAGUCCCAUGAGCCCACCACGUAAGAAAACAAGAUUCUCGUUAAAGCUCAAAAGCAAAAAGAAAGCUUCGAGCGAAAGCGAUCCUGACAAGAGAGAGAAGUUGUAUCCUAUCUUCAGCCCUCCAACAGCCCAAAAUGCGAGUGACGAUGAGACAUGUGAGCCCCCAAAGCCACCACCACCUUACGCAGGAUUAAGGAAUCAUGGAAAUAUUUGCUACGCAAACGCUGUUGUGCAAGUUUUGCGGCAUUGCCCGGGAAUAUUAGAGUCUGUUGAUGAACUCGAUUCACUUGUCAAAGAAAAAAACUAUUGUGCGACAGAGGGGAAAUCAUUCGACACGAGAACAGACGGGAAAGAAAACGUAAGCAGUGGAGCUUAGGUUCAGUGUUGCAUUACAAGAUUAGGCUUAUUUGCGAUGGAAAGUGAAGUUUGAGUGCGUAAGGGGACGUGGGUGUAAUUCAAUACAUUUUUCGUACGUGUUACUCUUUAAGAUAAAUCUCCAUCCCCUUCCCUCUAAGUUUCCGUAAAGGGUAGAUACACCACAAUUAUGGAUGGGAGGGUAGGGUGGUGAUGUAAAGUGGUCUCAUUGUAGGGGAGGGGGGGCACUUAGCAGAAGGUUGUGUGAGGAGGUGGGCAAUUUGUAGACUUGCCAUAAGUUGACCUCUCAUUAGUUCUUAAAUGUGAGCUCCAAUGAAGUCUCACAGUGACUGAGCAAGUCGCGAGGUCAACUUGUUUUGCCUGAAUGGAUUUGAAUCACACUAUAAAUUCAUGUGGGAAAAAUUAUUGGCUUAUGCUGUGUCGGCAGUGGCAUCAAAUAUCACUCACUCUCCUAUUGGUUAAUUGUCAAAAUGUCACUGGUGGAAGUUUUGACCAGUGAAUUUUGCACCAAAUGGGUACAAAAAGAACUUUAAAAUGGCAUAACCAGCCAGGAAAAAAAGGACAUUUAGAAAGUCUAGGCAAUUUGGCUUUUUGUCAGAAUUAACCUUACACCAAGGUGAAUGCCUAUUGUGCCAAUGGUAAUAUUUUAUUGUUAUUGCUGUUAACACUAUUAACAUUAUCAUUGUCAUCACUGGUAUUUCUCCAACUGCUGCCACAUUUUGUCUAACUGUGUAUGAAAUGCUAGCAUAUCUGCAGCUUAUCUAAUUUUUUUUGUAUAGUUUUGCAUGUCUUUUUUUCGUUCCAUUAAUGUACAUAGCUUAAUACAUGUAUACCAUAUUGAGUGGUUUAAACUAGGAUCUAACACCAAUGAUGCUGUAAUUUUGUCUUUAUUUUUGCCAGGGUUCAGAGGAUUUGGAAAAUUGUUGUGAUCAAAAACAUGUUGUUUGUGAACUAAGAGAGGUAAGAAAAAAUAACACUUACAACUAGUAAGGCUAAGCAGUCACAGGAUUAGCCUUAUUUUAUGGAUUCCCACUCAAACUCAAGGGAGGGCCAUUUGCAAAACUUGGAUUGAACCAGGUCAGAUCAAUUCUUUUAAUGGGCCUAUCUGUAACCUUUUUUCCCUAACCUUAAUCCUAAUCUUUUGUCUUACUACAUGUAUCACUGUUUUCGGUAACAUUUUUUUAAAAUUUUACAAACUGCCUUGAAUUGCCUUUGCUACUUGUGGAUUUUUGUGCGAAGUUUGUUUUUGAGAUAAAAAUCGAGUUGGAGUUUUUUUUGUAGUGACAAAAGUUUAAGGAAUUACAGGGAGUGUAUCUGAUCCGGACAGAUCCAGGUUUUGUUGAUGCCUUUUAACUGAGUUUGAGUUAGUAACCCAUCUACAUGUGGCUUUUGGAGCAAAUUUCAAUUUCAGUGGUGGGUAUUAGCCUAUUUUUGACUUGAAUGUAUCACUUAUAUACUAAAUAGUGCAUCCUUUUUCCUUCUAGCUUUUCAGUCAGAUGGAAGAGCUUGAACAGGACUACAAUGACAAUAAAGAGAACUGUGAACAUCUUGUUCAAAGGAGAAACACUUUAGUUCUUGCUGCAAAACCUUUGGAUUUCAUGCAAACCUUCAGGUAGAUGCUUAUACAUGUAUCAUGGUUAUUGGUAGUGAAAAUUGGUUGUUUUUUGAAAUUCAUUAUACAUGUUUACUUAAUACAGUUACAAAGUAACACCAUUAUACUUACAACAUAAAUGACACACCACAAAUGUGCCGAUAAUUUUCGUGUUGACUAUCAGCUCAUUUUUGUUUGACACCUCCGUUAAUCACACAGUCACAUGGCUAUUGUCUCAUCAAACACAUCAAAAAAUUGCCAUAAAAUUUUUAAAAAUUUUCCUUUCUUUUACACAUAGGGGUAAAAACCCAUUGUUUGAAGACAAUCUCCAACAUGAUGCACAAGAAUUCCUGUGCAGUUUGCUAGUAGAUCUUCAAGACACAGAAACAGAAAUAAAAAAGAAGAGAGAAGAUCCACGAAAAAUGUACAUUGGUGAUAGGCACGUGAAAAAUUCUCCUUCUGCGAACUCCUUCACCAGCAACACAAACCAAUGCCAUAGUAGUUUUGUAGAUUUAUUUCAAGGAUGCCUUCUACACCAGACCAAGUGUAUGACUUGUGAAGAUGCAAAGAAACGUUUUGAGAGCUUUCUAGACAUUAGUGUGCCAGUUCAAGAUGAGCCUAAAGUGCGCGAUCUGAAGGCUUUCUCACCAACACCGAAGAAAGGCCGAGACACACAGAGCUUAGCUUGGGCCCUGUCGCAGUUUGCAACAGUAGAACAUUUGAGUGGAGAGAACAAGUAUUUCUGUGAGAACUGCCUUACUCUUACUGAAGCUGAGAUUUCAGCGAGCUUUGAUAAGCUGCCAAGAAUACUCACAAUCCACCUCAAGAGGUUUACUGCAAACGCACUUUCAGGGUAAGGAUUUUGUGCACCCUUUUCUUUCCUGAGGUCAAAAAAGAAGGACCUUUCUUGUACCCUCACAAGUCUUUUUAGAGAUAAGUUGUGCAAAUGUAUAGAUCUUAUGAUCAUGUUCCCAAUUCUCAUAACCUGCCUGCAGAGGCUGAUUUUAAUCAAUUACACAUUUAUUAGAAAUUAAAGAGAAUGAUAGUAAUGAUCGCUUCUGGGACUUAGAGAACAGCAUUUAAUAGAAGUUGCACAUCAGGCGGAGAAGAGAGGUUGCAAUAAGUUACCCCUCACCUUUUUUGCUCUACUCUCCUUUUUGCACCAUCCUUACUAUACAUACACCUGGAACAGGCCCAAAAAUUGGAGGGUUUAAUUUGCAGGUGCACAGGUGUGACUAACUUAAAUGUCAUGAAACUCGAACCCUCAUACUAACACCAUCAGUCACACCUGUACUGUAGCUGCACCAGCUGCAAAUUAAACCCAGGGCCCUGAAAGGCAUUUACAGUGGUUUAGUGUUCUUACCUCCCACCAGUCCCCGGUAGUUUAGUGGUAGAGCAUUUGGACUAGUAAACAAAAGGCCAUAGGUUCGACUCCUAUUGCAAACACUCAGAUUUUUUCUUCUGAACCACUUAUGCCUCUGAUUGAUUAACGUCUUUCUCAUGGAUUCACAUGAGUACGAGUAGUUACCUGUUUCUUGUCCUUCCAUUGACCAAUGGUGCAAUACAUCAAUAACUUUACCCUGAUCAAUGAUUCACUUCGAGACAAAUCAGUAUAAUCAUUGAGAGAUUAGUAAGGGGAAACAUGAGUGAUGUGUAUAUUUUAAAUUGGCAGAUUUUCUGGAAUGGUCUCCAAGAUCACUUCAAAUCUCGAGACACCAAUGGAGCUGUCAGUCAAGGAAUGGUGUUCAAAGACUUGUUCAAUUGCCAAUCCAACGUAUCAUUUAUUUGGCAUUGUGAUGCACAGUGGUAUGACCUCAUGUAGUGGACAUUACCAGGCUUACGUUAAGGUAACCACACCCACAAAUGCCGAUGUAAAUAACAACAAAGGGCAGCCCAUCCAUCCUGACAACAAGCACCAUGUUAAAGAUGGACAUGUACAUAGAAACAUGGUAUCUUCUGGGGAGUUUGACUGGAGUCAGAUGCCUGCAAGUGAAGUCAAUAGAACUUCAGAUGGUUGUGACACUUUGGCUAGUGACAGAAAAUUAGUGGAAAACAUGGACAUGACCAAUCCUGAAAAUGACAUCCAUGCUUUGGAGAGUCCUGCAGGGAAAGGUACAACAACAUGUAUGUCUGGGAUCUCAAGAUACUUUCAGAGAUCAAGAAAGCACCCUGUAAAAGAAACCAAUGAACAGCUGGAUCAAAAUGUUGAUUUACCAGUAGGUGGCAAGAAACAAGCACAUCAUAUUACACCAACCCACAGCUUAAAGAAAAUCCAGAGUUUUGGGUAUCGAGGUGCAAAAUCCAACAGAAGUGCAAUUCGGCAGCUAAACUUUCAAGAGAAUAAACAAGAUAAUAAAUUACAGAACACUGUUUCUAUUAAGGAAUCAUCAAAUUCCGUUGAACAGAGUUUACAGCUUGAGAAAUCUCAAUGGAUUCACUUUGAUGAUGCUGAAGUCAUGAUAUUAGAGGAAUCAGAUUUAACAGCAAUGCUGUCUUCAGCUGAGUCAUCAUUCACUUCGCCAUACUUGCUAUUUUACAAAUUAGCUGAACAGUAA